AAAUUCGGUUAGUACAAAAUGAAUGAAUCCGUUUGAUCGACAUUCGUGAAAGACGCUCUUAUAAGAAUUUUCCCGUUUUUUUCGAUAAUGCAAAGGUGUUUCUGGUGCUGUGCUGAUGGAUAGGGUCGAGGAGUGGUGGCGGUACAAUGGAAACGGAGUCUGUGAGGUCUGAGCUGAGCGGCCGGUCGCGCAGAAGCUCGAGGCACCGGCAGCACACGCAUCGCAGCACUCGGAGCAACAAGUCACAGAGGAAGGAAUCUUCAGACAACACGAUGGCGCCUUUUCAAACCAGUGUAAACAUAAACCCAGAGAUCGGCAGGGAUGGCCAGGAAGUCAUAGAGGUCCAAAUCUUGCCACAGGACGAGAACUGGGGAGAGAAUACCACAGCGGUCACCGGAAACACUUCUGAAGGGUCACAGUCCAUGGAAGAUGUCAGCAACUGGCCCAUGGAGUCAGAUAAUGGCAUAGGUUUUGUUUGCACAAGAUAUUUCGGCACAACUAUAGCUCUUGGGCUAUCUUUUGUGUCUUUUGUGAGCCCUUUAGCAAUGGUUGUGCUGCCAAAGAUUGGCUUCUUCCCAGGAUUGUCAGACAAUAUUGCCAUACAGCCUAGCCAGAGGAUACAGUUGCUGUCAUGCACUGCUGAAUGUAAAGGCAUACUCCUUUCCUUAGCCUUCAAACUAGUAUUACUUGCAAUCGGAGUGUGGGCAGUGUUUCUAAGGCCAAGGAAUGCAAUCCUACCAAGAAUAUUCGUGUUCAGAGCUAUGACACUCGUAAUUUUAGCUGUGUGUAUAUUUUCCUACUGGUUGUUCUACAUUGUGCAGAUAACUGAAGCAACUAAAGCCCUUGCAUUAGGCGAGGAAGCAAUGGAUUACAAUGCCUUAGUCUCUUACGUAUCCAGUUUUGCGGAUACUUUAUUGUUUAUACAUUAUAUAGCUGUUAUUUUAAUGGAGAUCAGGCAUUUAGAGCCUGUGUAUUACAUAAAGAUUGUACGAAGUCCUGAUGGGGAGAGCAGAUCAUAUGCGAUUGGACAGCUGAGUAUACAGAGGGCAGCUGUGUGGGUUCUGCAGAAGUAUUAUACGGAAUUCCCGAUAUAUAAUCCAUAUUUGGAGAAGAUACCAAUAUCUAAAUCGCAGAGGAAAGCCCAGUCUAGUAUAAAGUUCUAUGAAGUUGAUGGGUCUACCAAUGCAACGCCUGGACAAGCUAGAUCAGCGUCGGGCUCAGUGGGCGGGUCUGGGCGGCGGCGCGACUCGGGGUCUGCGCACAACGAGCGCUACUACGAGGAGGCCGAGCGCGAGCGCCGCGUGCGCAAGCGACGCGCGAGACUGCUGUGUGCCGCCGAGGACGCCUUCGCGCAUGUCAGGCGCGUCAGGGUGUCUACUAAUGGCGGAGCGCUAGGCCCGCGCGAGGCGGCGCAGGCGGUGUUCCCGUCGCUGGCGCGGGCGCUGCAGAAGUACCUCCGCGCCACCCGCCAGCAGCCACGACAUUCUGCUGACUCUGUACUCGCCCACCUAGCACGCUGCCUCUCCCAAGACGCAUCACCACGUGCCUUCCUAGAACCCUUCCUAGUUGAAGGUCCAGUGCUCUCAGCUGACCAGGAGACCAGACCCAUACAGAGAUGGUCUCUGAUCUCCGACGAGCUCCUAGCAAGGCCUUUAGCAGACAACAUCGAGUUUCAAUUAAGACAAGGUGAUAUCUCCCUUAUUUGUACCAUUAAACAGCUGCCCAAGUUCUCACUGACAGAAGAGGUCGUCGACCCCAAGAGCAACCGUUUCGUUUUACGCUUGAACUCCGAAACAUCAGUUUGACAGGAGGAGUUUUGUAGUCGCGAUGACUUUAGGCUUGUAUGACAUUCGGAGUACUUUUAGGUUAGGUAGUGAACAGAUUUGUUUGAAACAUUUUGCAUUAUUAAAGUAUUGGCAGCUAUUAUAUAAUUGAUUAGAGAAUAUGUAAAUAGAUUAUUUAGCUGAAUAAUGUUCUAAUUUAUGAAUUAUUGUAUGGCAAUCAAUUUGGCGCGAAAUGCAUUUCCGUUCAUUGCCUAUCCAUAUGAGUAAAAGGAAUUAGCAAAAACAGCUUUCUAGAUAAUUUGUGGCUGAAAUGAAAGCUAGAACUUUUUAGCUACGCGUAACAUUCUAAGUACUCCGUAAGAGUAAUAUCCGUAAGCGUAAACUUAGUGCGAAGAGAAAACUUAAAACGUUUUUUAUACAUUCUAUAAAAAAAUCAGCGCAGUGAAAGCUUACUAAAGAAUUCUAUAAAAGAAAAAUAUUCUCUUCUAUGGAACGUCAAGUUGUCAGUUGGCAGUAAAACUCAAAUAAGGGUUAUAUUUUUUUAUGAGAAUACUUAAUUUUGUGUAAUGAAUUCUCACUCAUCUUUUAUACGUUUUAAAUCAAUACUCUUUCCAGUAAAAGAAUCUCAAUGAAUCUCAAGUUAGUUUAAGUAAUGAGGUUUGCCGCCAUUUUGUUAAAUUAGUAAAGACUAGACUGCAUUUAAUGUUUUAUAUCUAGAUAUAAUUUGUACAUUCGUGUCAUAUUUUACAAAUGUAUUAAGCACAAUUUUAGUAAGGCAUAGAAUAAAUUUAAUAUUUAAUUGAUAGGAUAGGGGUACACAAUGUGAAUUUAAAAAUAAAUAGCUAUAUUGUGACGCUAAAUAGAUCCUGGAUUCUAGCAUUACAUAUAAAACCUGAAAACAAGUAUUAAUCUACCAAUAGUUAUAAUAAUCUACCUAAAACAGCUAAAGCACAGAAUUUCAAAAUAUGGCAACACCAUUUCAUUUUUAAACUGUGAGAACGCAUUUUGUACCUUUAUCUUAAACCUGGUGAAUGAAUCUGAAUAUUGUAUUGUAUAUUCUUAUAUUAAAUAUUAAUUAUACCAUAUCAUAGGUUUAUAUUUAUUGAGAAAUAGGUGGAUGAAUGCUCGUACGCAGCUAUUUAAAUGUAGGCUAAAUGUUUAAAUAUUAAGUGGUAUAUUUUAAAAUGCUUAUUAUUUUAUGAGACGUGAAACUUUAAAUAAUUCACUUUUCUACUAUUUAUUUAUGACGAAGUUUAGUUGACUUUUAUUAAGCAUUUUAAAAUAUACCAAAGUAUGUAAAAGACAGUUGUAAGACUGGUUUUCAUAGAUUUUUGAACUUUUUACAUAAAUGCAAGUGAAUGAGGUUGUGCUUAGGACAAUUAUGAAUGUGUGGGUGUCGCUGAAUUGACCAAAGAGCGCUUGGAAUUUGUAGCUAAUUAUAACGUAAAUAAGGUCUAAAAUCGUUUGGCACGUAACCGUGGCAGCUUUUAAUGUGCUGAAAACUGCUUGAACGCGAAUAUCAAUUUUUAUAGACUUUUACUUUGGAAUAUUUUGAACUCCAUACGUAAGACUUAAAGUUCAAUAUCAUAUCUCGGCAAUGCUUGCCUGGUUGAAACAUAUUCAGAUAAAUCUUGUCAGUAUUUCUUCCAUAUCACAAAAAAGGUUUUUAUCAACCUUUUAAAAAUAUUUUGGAUUAAACAUACCUCGUUUUCAGACUUCCAAUUUUGAGAUUAGGCCAGUUUCGGCCGUGCAGCUUUAGCUGUGGACUUCAAUGCUCAAAUAGCAGCCUUUUUGUAAAAUGCUUGUGCCUGCUUAGUUUAAGAAGUAUAUACUGUAGCUAUGUACAAGUAAGUACCGAAUUCCAUGGAAUAUUUACGGUGAGGUGCACCAUUUAACUAUAACGAUAACCGAACCAUUUUCUGUCGUCUAAGGAGCGCAUCCGGCCGUGCUCUCGCUGUGGCGGCGUAUUGGACAAAGUAUAGUCUCAAUAUAAGAUAUGUCAUCGACACGAAAGAAGAAGUCGCCGAUUCUACAUGGUCGGCAAGUAUACGGCUGGUUAUGGUUUGGUUAUAGUUAUAGUUAAAUGGUGCGACUCACCCUUAGUGUAAUAGGACAUUUUGACAACUAGAUUAUUGUUUAGAUGAUUUUUUGAAAGAGUUUGGUGUGAUUAUGCUGGUGGCUAGUUUUCGAUGUGAAGUUGAUAAGAAAUUGCGAGUUUUCAAUGCCAAGCUGAUUACUGAAAACCACGUCAAUAGUAUUGGCCACCAGCAAUUAAAAAGGAAUACUUAAUUUAUAAAAAUAUUGAACAAAAGGCUAAUUAAAUAGAUUUGUUAUAUUUUCGAAUGAAAGACUCAACAUGCACAAAGUAUUUGCCUAUAGAUGUAAUUAUAUGCACAAUAUCGUAAUCGUUGUAAAACAAUUUGUACACUUUUGUAUUUUUUAAAUAAUAUAAAGUGAAUUUUGUA